UUGACGUCAUCGCGGCGGUGACGUAACGUGACGUCGGCGCCGCGCGGGCGGGAACGGGCGGCCGGGCAAGAUGGCGGCCGGGCCCAUCUCCGAGCGGAACCAGGAUGCGACGGUGUACGUGGGGGGGUUGGAUGAGAAGGUCAGUGAGCCCCUGCUCUGGGAGCUUUUCCUCCAGGCUGGGCCCGUGGUCAACACACACAUGCCCAAGGAUCGAGUCACGGGCCAGCACCAAGGUUACGGCUUCGUGGAGUUCCUGAGCGAGGAGGACGCCGACUACGCCAUCAAGAUCAUGAACAUGAUCAAGCUGUACGGGAAGCCCAUCCGCGUCAACAAGGCGUCGGCCCACAACAAGAACCUGGACGUGGGCGCCAACAUCUUCAUCGGGAACCUGGACCCCGAGAUCGACGAGAAGCUGCUGUACGACACGUUCAGCGCCUUCGGCGUCAUCCUGCAGACGCCCAAGAUCAUGCGGGACCCCGACACCGGCAACUCCAAGGGCUACGCCUUCAUCAACUUCGCCAGCUUCGACGCCUCGGACGCCGCCAUCGAGGCCAUGAACGGGCAGUACCUGUGCAACCGGCCCAUCACCGUGUCCUACGCCUUCAAGAAGGACUCCAAGGGCGAGCGGCACGGCUCGGCGGCCGAGCGCCUGCUGGCGGCGCAGAACCCGCUGUCCCAGGCCGACCGGCCGCACCAGCUCUUCGCCGACGCUCCCCCGCCCCCAUCCGUGCCCGCGCCCGUGGUCACGGCCCUGGGGCCCGGGGUCACCCCCCCAGGUCUCCCACCCCCAGGAUCGUUCCCCCCGCCGGUGCCUCCCCCCGGGGCGAUGCCCCCCGGGAUGCCCCCUGCCAUGCCCCCUCCUCCCAUGCCCCCUGGGGCUGGUGCCCCUGGCCCCCCCUCGGGGGCUGCACCCGCUGGGGGACACCCCCCUCACCCCCACCCCUUCCCUCCAGGUGGGAUGCACCAUCCAGGGAUGCCACCCAUGCAGGUGCACCACGGCCCCCCCGGCAUGGGGCAGCAUCACCCAGGACCCCCUGGCUCUGGAGGCCAGCCUCCCCCACGGCCUCCCCCUGGCAUGCCCCACCCUGGGCCCCCUCCCAUGGGGAUGCCACCCCGAGGACCCCACUUUGGGUCUCCCAUGGGUCACCCUGGCCCGAUGCCCCACCAUGGCAUGAGGGGCCCCCCGCCGCUGAUGCCGCCCCACGGCUACAACGGGCCCCCCCGGCCGCCCCCCUACGGCUACCAGCGGGUGCCUCUGCCCCCCAGGCCCACCCAGAGACCCCCAGGGGUGCCACCACGAGGGCCCCUCAGGGGGCCUCUCCCCUAAACGUGGGACAGAGCCCCCCCUCUCCCUGCUGGGGGUCCCCUGCUCGGGUUAACCCCUCGGUGCCCGGGGGGGACGCUGGGGUCCGGCCCUUCCACACCCCCCCCUUCUCUCUUUCCCUCUCCACCAUUUGCCCCCCAUUUCUUUUUCUACUCAUUACUCCAUCCCCCCUCCUCCUCCUCCUCAUCCUCCUCCUGUUUAUCUCAGCCCUGAAGGGUUUCCAAGGUCCUUUCAGCAGCGUUUUUUGGGGGGUUUCUGUUUGAUGCCCCCCUUGAGAAAUAAAAGCUUCUGAGGAGGCUGAAGGUGGGA